CUCUAUAUAUAGACACUGAAACAUAUGUUCUCCACUCAAAACAUUUUUUUGUCUCCAACAAAAACCUCUGAAUACACUCAAGAACAGAUAUAUAUCUCCUCCCAAGUUUUUCUUUAAAAAAAUAUCGGCCAUGGAAGCAAACCAACAAGACGCUUCAAUGGCAUUAGUUCCCAUAGAGAGCUUCUCUUACAGUUGGUUAGUUAACUUUCCUUCUUUAGAAGCUUCCAUUGAUGAUUAUCACCAAACCUACGAAGAUUCUUCUUCUUCUUCCUUCAUCGAGAUGGAUCCAAGAUUGCCUCCUUCUAGAAGAUUUUUCAUCAACAAAGCCCAUGAAAGCAGCUUCAAAUUCGAUACCUAUGUCUCUUUCGCCGACGAUGAUCACUCUUUAGUUCACGCCGACGAGAUUUUCCGUGACGGCUACGUAAUGCCUUAUCUAUCAAAAGCCACGUCAGUAACUACCGAGAAAGACUAUGAGCCGUUGGACACGAAAACAGAGAAGAAGAAGAUGGAGACACGUGACAUUCAAAGCAAGUCUCCUUGUAGAAAGUUGAGGAGAGUGUCAAAGUGCGUUUUGUUAAGGUAUCUUGAUUUUUUGACGCCAUUGUGUAAAAGAUUAAGGAGAUGUAGAUCCGCUGGAUCAUCCGGAGGUACCGGUUUCGACGCUAGGAUCACGACGUUGUCUAGAAGCAGAGUUUAUUCUGAGGAAACGACGUCGUCUCCAAGAGUAAGUGUUGCAGAUGAUUGUUAUUGGAGAAGGUCUUGUGACUCAGAGAGCUCCAUUUACGAAGCCGUUCUUCAUUGCAAGAAAUCUUUCGAGAAAUAAGAGUGAAGAAUCCAUUGAGAAGGAGCAGGUAGAAGUAGAGGUGGAGAAUAUUAAGAUUGAGAAGAAUAAGCAAAUUGCAGUAACACGUUACACAUGGAGUGGGAGAGAGAGCAACUUGUGAUGUGUCUUUUUGUUGUUUCUCUCUCUUGAAUUAAAGAGAUUGAUGUGGUGAUCCAUGUGAAUGUGUCAAUCUGAUGUGGAUCAAGAAUGUCUUUUUUUACAUGAGUGGGCACAUAUAUAGAUAGCCAUAUAGGUUAUAUGGGCAGCUAGCAGAAUCAAGAAAAUAUUUUCAGAUUUUCUUGGCUGUUUUUCUACAUAUAUGUAAGUUAAAUAGAUUCUUUUUAUAUAUGUAAUCCUAUGU